UGUCGAUACAAAGACUAACAUAUUUGCUGCUGAACAUUUUCACUGCUUUAUAACCUGACUGAAUCAUUAAACUUGCUUGUUGUUGCUUGAUGUUAAAUGUCCUGCAUGAUUCUUUUGCAUACUGAUUUGUAAAAACUCCUUCAACCAUGUACCGGCCUGCGUUUGUCAGAUGUCCCGUAUUUUCUCAUGCGUGGAGAGGAACGACAGAGGCUUGACCCACACCAGUUUAUCACAACAAACUAUAAACAGAGUUAAUUCUCGCUGUAGCACACAGCAGACGGCGAGUGGUGCCAAAAUGAAACACCUUCUUCUUGCUGCUGUCCUUUUGUUUGAAACUUUUUUGCCUGCUUCAACUCGAUGCACCGCUCCGACCUCAGAGUUUCAUCUGGAUGGGAAUUUUUUGAUAGGUGGACUGUUUGAUAUACAUUACGCCUGGGGCGCUGGUCGCCAUCACCGACCAGAAGCUCUGGACUGCUCGACUCAGUGUUUCAGUAUCUCAAAUUAUCGGAGGUUUCAGCUGAUGAGAUUCACGGUGGAAGAAAUCAACAACUCCACCAGCCUGCUUCCAAAUGUGACUCUGGGCUACGAGAUGUUUGAUCACUGCUCGGACACCCUUAGCUUCCCGGGAAUUUUAAAGCUCAUCUCAGUGAAUGGUGAGAUCCGACCUUGGGCUGAGCCAAACACAAAACUGUCCAAGGUGAUAGCAGUGGUUGGUCCUUUCACAAGCACUCAGGCCCUCACUGUAGCCCCGUUUUUUGUGGUGGAUCUCAUUCCUAUGGUUAAUUAUGGAUCCUCCAUUUCAAUUUUUUCUAAGAAAGCAAAAUUCCCGUCGUUCCUACGAACAGUGCAUCCCAACAGCGAUGUUAUAGAGGUGAUUGUUACCGUUCUGAAGCACUUCAACUGGCGCUGGGUCGCUUUCCUUUACACUGCCGAUGAUUUUGGCAGCGACAGCCUCGACUUAUUUGUGAAUCGGGUCAGGGACACGGACAUCUGCAUUGGAUACACCAAAGACCUCAACGCCGACACAAAUUUUUCUAGGCUGUUCAGUCACAUUGAGCUGCUGAGGAUACGUGUAAUCGUUGUCUUCACAGAUGAAGUGGCUGCCGAAGUUCUCAUCAAGUCAGCUAUCCGCUUUAACGUCACCAACAAAGUUUGGAUAGCAAAUGAUGCAUGGUCUCUGAAUAAACACCUGCCUAAGAUGGAGGAAAUACGAAGCAUUGGAACGGUGCUUGGUGUGGCCCAGCCGAUUGUGACAGUUCCUGGGUUUGGUGAUUUCAUCCGUUCUGCUGAGGGUCAGACCGAGUGUGGCUAUGAUGGGCAACAGAUGUGUGGCAAUCAUGUUUUCAACUGCAGUGACUGGAGUGCACAAAGGAUCCUGGAGGCAGACCCAUCCUUCUCCUUUCCUGUUUAUUCUGCUGUGUAUGCGAUCGCUCAUGCACUGCACAAAACCUUACAGUGUGAAGAAGAGGGUUGUAAUAAUAUCACAGUUUAUCCAAACAUGGUUCUAGCAGAACUCCAGAAGUCCAAUUUCACUCUCUUAAACCACACCAUUCAGUUUGAUCAAAAUGGCGACCUGAAGUUUGGACUGUACUUCCUCGUUUUCUGGAACAGUACUGGUGAUGCACAGAAGUUUGGAUUUUAUAAAUUUUAUCCAACAGUCAAUCUCUACAUCAACAGCACUAAAAUCAUCUGGUACACAAAUAAAGAAGUUCCUACUUCUCUUUGCAACCAAGAGUGUCCUGACGGAUAUGCAAGAAAGCAAAAUUACAUCCACAGAUGCUGCUUUACCUGUGAAAUCUGUCCAAAUGAAACAUACAUCAAUGUUACAGAGGAUCCCUACAACUGCAUCAGCUGUAAGGACACAGAGUGGUCUAAUGAAGGAAGUACGUCAUGCAACCUGCGGCUGGUGGAGUUCAUAUCGUUCACAGACAUGGGGGCGGUGCUGAUCAUGGUUGGAGCCUCCAUCUUAAUGGGCCUCACGGUAGCCAUAUCUGUUCUCUUCGCCUUCAACUACAACACGCCUGUUGUCAGAUCUGCUGGAGGACCGAUGUGCUUCCUGAUUUUAGGCUGCCUCGCUGUGUGCAGUGUCAGUGUGUUCUUUUAUUUCGGCAAACCCACAAAUGCUUCGUGCAUCUUAAGAUACGUUCCCUUUCUAUUGUUCUUCACAGUUUGUCUGGCAUGUUUUGUUGUGCGCUCUUUUCAGAUUGUUUGCAUUUUCAAAAUAGCUGCCAAGUUCCCCAAACUCCAAAGAUGGUGGACUAAAUAUCACGGCCAAUGGCUGCUCGUCACUGGAGCAUUCACAGCUCAGGCCCUGCUACUCAUUGUUAGCUUUGCCCACGAUUCUCCCAGACCUUACAACGAAACAUCCUGGCACCACGACCAAAUUGUGCUCUUCUGUUCUGUGAAUCUAGAAGCAACCUCCUUUUCUCUUGUUGUACUCUGCCUAUUGAGCUGCCUCUGCUUCAUUUUCUCCUACAUGGGAAAAGACCUUCCAAAGAAUUACAACGAAGCCAAAGCCAUAACCUUCUGCCUGCUGCUGCUGAUCCUCACCUGGAUCUUGUUUGUUACCAUUUAUAUGCUCUACCACGGAAAGUUCAUCCAGUCUCUGAAUGCUCUCGCAGUGCUCUGCAGCCUCUACUCGUUCUUGCUGUUUUAUUUUCUGCCAAAAUGUUACAUCAUUAUUUUUCAGUCCCACAAAAACACACCGCAAUACUUUCAAUGUCUCAUACAGAACUACACCAAAACAAUCAGCAAGUAG